AAUGUUAUUUGAAGUGAUCCUUACGCUUUUCUAAUUCCUCUAAAAUAAUAAAAUAAUAUAAUGUAUUAGCAAAAUGAGAUUCAGCUGCUUCAAGGAACUGUGGUUGAACCCAGGAGGGAGUGUGCAGCGUGAGGACCCCAGCUUCCUCUUCUGUCGUUGAGGGGAACCCCAGUUGUCCGGCAGUCACAGCACAGCCAUGACACCCCAACACUGCUUUCUAGGCUUCCUCGUCAGUGUCUCCCUGACUCAAGUGGUCGGAGCUCAGCCAGCCCCGGCGUCUCUGAGGCCUCAGAGGGUACAUUUCCAGUCCCACAAUUUUCACAACGUUUUGCACUGGCGCCCUGGGCGGGCUUGUACCGGCAACAGCAGUCUCUAUUUUGUGCAGUAUAAAAUGUAUGGACAGAGACAAUGGAACAAUAAGGCGGACUGCUGGGGCAUUCAAGAAUUCUUCUGUGACCUAACCAGCGAAACGUCAGACAUACAGGAGCCUUACUACGGGCGGGUGAGGACGGCCUGGGCUGGGAUCCUCUCAGGCUGGACCAUGACGCAGCGGUUCAUGCCCUGGUGGGAAACAAAAAUAGAUCCUCCAGUCAUGAAUAUAAUCCAAGUAAAUGGAUCUUUGUUGGUGAUUCUCCAUGCUCCAAAUUUACCACACAGAGAUCAAAAAGGAGAAAAUGUAUCAAUGGAAGAUUACUAUGAGCUAGUAUAUCGGGUCUUUAUAAUUAACAAUUCACUAGAAAAGGAGCGAAAGGUGUAUGAAGGCGCUCACAGGGUUGUUGAGAUUGAAGCUCUCACACCUCAUGCUGUUUACUGCAUAGUGGCUGAAAUCUACCAGCCCAUGUUAGACAGAAGGAGUCAGAGGAGUGGAGAGAGAUGUGUGGACAUUCCCUGAAGUGUGUGGUGUGCUCGUGGUGUGGACAUCCAAAGCUCUCUGACAUGAGAUGGCUCAUGUUUGCAGGAUCUCACUGAAGAUGGUUUUACAUUUUCUUAAAGCAAUGCUCACCAUUACACUCUGGGGCUGCUUCACUCAUCCAUUCUUUCUUCCUUUAGAUGUUAUUUGUAAACUAAAUUUAAGCAACAUACCCUCCCUCAAAAAAAAUUAGAAUUUAAAGAAGAAGCAGAAAAUAAAGGACUCUAUGAAAUACGGAACUUUAUUUCUGAAUGUAACACCGCUAACAACCAUCUCCAUUCUUCUGACAGCUAAAUAAAAAUUUGAGAACCAAGGAAUAGUGGGCAUUUAACAAAAUGUUGUUGAAUUAAUUUUUUAAAAAUAGCAUUCCAAACAAGCAAUCCUUUUUCACUCUCUGUUGAGACAGUUAACUUGACUUAGAUAUACCAACCUUUACAUGAAUGGAAUUUUUACAUGAAUGAAAAAUUUCCUGUAUACUUCUAUUUUAUAUGACUAUACUUUUUCAUACAUUUAUUUUCUAUUGUAAAGUAUUUCUGCUUAAUGAACCAAUAUUUUCUUUUAAAUGCUAUUCUUUGUAAAUAAGAAUGGUAUUUGACAAAAAGCUCUCAUGAUCUCUGGAUUAAUAUCUAGAUUGAGAUGAUCAACAAUAAUGUCUAAAUUCCAAAGGAUGCCCACUCAGUACAAUGUCCCUCAUUUAACACAUACUCAAAUUAAGGUUUUCUUUUCUGUGUUUGUAUUUGUUUUGUUUUCUUCUUUAAUAUUGCACUAGAAGAAUUUAUCCUUCUUCUCAAAAUCAGGUAUAAUAUUUUUUAGCAACAAAGUAAAAAAGAAACUUAACUCCCAUUUAUACCACCCUGACUACUCAACCCUCCUGGCAGAGGGUCUCUUGGCGGUGGCCCCUUUCUAGUCUACAUACACAAGGCUCUUAGGAGUGGCAGCGUUGGGGGGGGAUGUGGGGGAUGGCUGUGGACCAGGUAGAGAA